CGGAAGUGAUGCGGGGCGGCGGAGGCAGUCUCGCAGGGAGCCGCGGAGGAUCCUAACGCGUUUCUUGAGAAACCGCCUCCCUGCGUGCAGCACCGCGUCCCCCGGCCGAGGAGAUCAGCCGCUUUGUUCCAGCGCUGCCCCUUCACACGUGUCAGAAAAGCAAAGAAAGCUGCCUUCUGUGAGAACGCCAACAGCUCUUACCCCUGGAAGAGCUGCUGAGGACAAGUGUCGAGGGCAGUGGCGGCUCUGGAGCUGCCGCGUUUCCGCAGUGCUGUCCUCCGUGCACCAGUGCUCAGGAGAGCCAAAGUCACAGUGGGGAGUCAGACGCAGGUGCAGAAAGAGGCAGCGUUCCAUGUGGAACCCAGGGAGCCUGAAGGAGGCUGUGAAAGCAAGUGGAAUGAUUCCCUGUGUAGCUGAAACUACGGAGGAGGAAGAACUCGGUCGCUGUGGGGAAGAGCGGUGCUAGCAGAGCCCGGGCCGCGGCUGUUCAGGAGCAACAGUCGGCUCCGUGUAAGGCUGGAGUACAGAAACCGCGCUGGCUGGAGCGGUGCGCUGCGGGGACGGGGUUAAGCUGCGCUCCGUGGGUCAACGCCACUGUGCUGCUGGGACACUUCUUCUCAUGCAGUAAACAAAGACAAGGCAAACCCAAUUUUUAUGUUUGAGGCUUUUUGCCUAACUGACAGCGGAGAUGAAAUGCAAGUAAGUGGGUAAAGGAGAAAUAUGAUAAGCAAUUGCUUUCUUGGAGUCGAUGUUUCUGAGAAACGGACUGUCUGCAGCGUGGCUGCAUGCUGAUAGGAUAGUGUCAGUGUUAGUUUGGGUUUCAUAGGGAAAAUUUAAACACCCUUUUCUGUGGGUAAAAUAUCUUUUCCAAAUAUGCAAGGCUUCAACAUUGUGAUUUAUAAAAGCAGAGUAUGAUGAAAACAUUUUGGCAUUUUAAUUUUGAUAUAUUUUUUUAAAUGGAACUGGAUUUACUACUUCUUAUCUGCAUGUGUGUCUGUCUGAAAACGCUUCAUUAAAAGGGCCCCCUCUCCCUGUCUGCCUCGUUACCUGAAGGGAGGAGCCCACUUGAAACAAUGAAUAAUUCCUAAACACCAUCUUGCAUGAAAAGUUAGUUGACUGCUGCUAAUGGCAUGGUGAGAUGUGUUGAAGAGCAGCUGCGAGGGUGUCCGACGGCAAGGGGACCGCUCUAGAAGCCGGGCUUGCAACAUCAUGGGCCAGUGUGUCACCAAGUGCAAGAAUCCUUCUUCUACCCUGGGCAGCAAAAACGGGGAAAGGGAAUCGGGCAGCAAGUCACACAGUAAGAGGAGCGCAGUCCACAAAGACGACCAUGGUUCAGCUUGCGGGAAGUCUUCAGGAGAUAUACUCGUGAACGGGACAAAAAAGACGGACGCUGCUGUAGAGUCUAGUCAGCCUCCGACGUUUUCUGGAGAUACAAAGAAAGACUCUGUUGCCAGCACGGAAGAAUCUUCGCUCCAAAGGAUCGGGGAGUUAUUUAGGAGGUAUAAGGAUGAACGGGAAGAUGCCAUACUGGAAGAAGGAAUGGAACGAUUUUGCAACGACCUCUGUGUUGAUCCCACUGAAUUUAAAGUGCUAGUUUUGGCUUGGAAAUUCCAGGCUGCUACCAUGUGCAAAUUUACAAGGAAGGAGUUUUUUGAAGGCUGCAAAGCAAUAAACGCAGACAGCAUCGACGGCAUUUGUGCAAGGUUCCCCAGCCUCUUAAACGAAGCCAAGCAGGAAGAUAAAUUCAAGGAUCUCUAUCGCUUCACCUUCCAGUUCGGCCUGGACUCUGAAGAAGGACAGAGGUCGCUACAUCGGGAAAUAGCCAUUGCCCUUUGGAAAUUAGUCUUCACCCAAAACAAGCCCCCCAUUUUGGACCAGUGGUUACACUUCCUAAUCGAGAACCCCUCAGGAAUCAAGGGAAUCUCCCGGGACACGUGGAACAUGUUUCUAAAUUUUACUCAGGUGAUCGGACCGGACCUUAGCAACUACAGCGAGGACGAGGCCUGGCCGAGUCUCUUCGAUACCUUUGUGGAGUGGGAAAUGGAGCGAAGGAAAAAGGAAGAGGAAACCAAAUGCAUUACGUCUUCGGACACAGAGGGCCUGUGUGCGGAGGAACAGACUUAGCGGCAUCGAAGCAGCAGUGACAAAAGUAACCUGUUGCCCUUUGUGAAAUGUAAACUCUGGAUGUUUCUGGCAAUUACCGAGGCUCCAGAUUUUUCUACUUUACACCUUUUUCUGCCUUGUCUUUGAAAGGGCUCUAAAAUGCUGUAUCAUGUUUUAGGCACUUUCUUAAUUUUGGUUAUUCCUUUUACUCUUGCCCGGAAAUAUUUGACCCUGGCUACAAGUUAAGCAUUUUUGGGGUUUGGUUUUUUUUGUUGUUUUUUUUGUUGGUUUUUUUUUUUUUAAGACUUCAGAUUAGUAUAAGUAAGUCUGAUAUUUCUUGCACAAUGUAGAUCUUUUUAGCUAGGUUAAAUUAACAUUGCUAAAUUAUACAGUGCCAGAUUAAGUUUUUCAUACUACAUCUGUCAGGGCAGGUCUGUACUGUGUGUAGUGCUGUUUACAUUGUUGACAUUUUAGGCUGUAAUAAUUUUAAGGUUUUAUACCCAAGAAGAACAGCAGUGUUAACUAUAAAUGCAUUAAUCCCCCAAUAAUAAGGCUCUAAAAACCAACAUAAGCAACAGCUUUUUAUAAUAUGGCUAGUUUCCAUUUUAAGCUAACUCAUAGCAAAUGAGUCCGGAUCAUUCCUUUUUUCUGGAGUUUCAAACUAAAUGUUGGGAUUGUUUUAUAAAAUUACUGUACCUGUCAGUCAACUGAGCGGUAGAUGAUGAUUUGUAUCUAAAUCUCUUACGCAUCACGUAAUAAAAGAGCAGUACUACCUCAGUUUUAUUGAAAGUGGACUUCUUGAUGGACUUCCAUUUUCUCUGGAAGUUGUAUUUUUGUGGUUACAUGAGAAUAUUUUUACUUGACUAAAAGAACCAAAGGUUCUGCUUCUUAAGUUUGCUAAACAUUGACAGAAGCAACACACAAACCCUAAGUCUUCAAGGAAAACUGUGGUAUAAUUCUGCUUUAAUUUGUGUGAUUUAUACCUAAAGUAUUCUCUUACUUGUCUGGCAAGCACAGUACUUCUCUGUAAGGAACUAUCUUUUGCAUUAAUAUCGACGAACCAGUUUUUUAAAACCUGUUUAAUUGCUAAAUCGCAGUUAAUACUCCACACUUUCUGGAGCAACAAUAUCGGCAUCUGAUGACAAAGUGAAUUCUUAAUGUGUUCUUAAUGACAACAGUGUAGAUGAGUCAUUUUUAGACGGAUUUGAUAAUAUUUGGAUAGGAGUCAGUUUAUUAUUUUACAAUGCCUGUAUUGGGACAAUUUGCCUGUUGAAACUGUUGUGACUUAAAGGGAGUUUUAUUAACACUGGUUGAAACU